CUAACUCGAAGACAUGAGGCCGAGUUUUACCUUCGCCAAGAGAUCCGUGAUAUUAAACAAUGCAGCUUCGGAUACUACCUUCUCUUUACAGAGAGAGAUGCCGGAGCUAUGCCCGGGGUGAGGCUUGAAGAAGUGCACAAUGACUGUUCUGAGGGAUAUUAGGCAAGAACACCACAAGGCUAUAAAAGCCCUCGUUGUUCAGCAGCUCUUCACUUAGGAUUCAAGGCAAUUCAAGGCAAUCUAUUUCAGUAUCUUAACACAUUCUAUCUUUCUCUUCCCGCACCUCUCCUUUCCAAACCGCCAGAAUGCGUGUCACUUCUCUCUCCACCGCACUCUUCGCGUUGGCUUCCACCGCUGUGUCGGCACCAACUGCUGAGAGCUCGUCUCCUGGUCUUGAGGUCAAGCUGACCCAGAUUGAUAACACUCGUGUGAAGGCGGUUGUCAAGAACACCGGCAGUGAGGAAGUGUCCUUUGUCCACCUGAACUUCUUCAAGGAUGCUGGCCCUGUCAAGAAGGUUUCCGUCUACCGCGGCCAGGAUGAGGUCCAGUUCGAGGGUAUCAAGCGCCGCCUGAGGAGCAGUGGCAUCACUAAGGAGGCUGUCACUUCUCUUGGUGCUGGUGAGACUCUGGAGGAUGAGUUCGAUAUCGCCUCUACCAGCGACUUGGCAACCGGCGGUCCCGUUUCCAUCCGCAGCCACGGAUUCGUUCCCAUUGUCGUGGACGGCAAGAUCACCGGCUACAUUCCCUACAAGUCCAACGACCUGACCGUCAAUGUUGACGGUGGCAAGGCCGCCAAGGUCACCAAGGCGCUGUCGCAGCUCACUCGCCGCACCGAGGUCACUGACUGCAAGGGUGACGCCGAGUCCGCGCUGACCACUGCCCUUUCCAACGCCGCCAAGCUGGCUGACCAGGCUGCCGAAGCAGCCGAGUCCGGCGACGAGUCCAAGUUCGAGGAGUACUUCAAGACCACCGACAAGCAGACCCGCACUACCGUUGCCGAGCGCCUGCGCGCUGUCGCCAAGGAAGCUGGCUCUACCUCUGGUGGCUCUACCACGUACCACUGCAACGACCCCUACGGCUACUGUGAGCCCAACGUUCUGGCUUACACACUGCCCUCGAAGAACGAGAUCGCCAACUGCGAUAUCUACUACUCUGAGCUUCCUCCCCUGGCUCAGAAGUGCCACGCCCAGGACCAGGCCACUACCACUCUUCACGAGUUCACUCACGCCCCUGGCGUCUACCAGCCUGGUACUGAGGACUUGGGCUACGGCUAUGAUGCUGCCACUCAGCUGAGCGCUCAGGAUGCGCUGAACAACGCUGACUCCUAUGCCUUGUACGCCAAUGCCAUCGAGCUCAAGUGCUAAAUGUGGAAUGAUACCUCAUAUACUCUGCCUGGCAGAGAUUGUAUAUAUGUCCUAUAUUCUAGGCUAGAGGCGUGUCUGUGACAUGCACUGUU